AUGGGCUCGCCAGAAGCCCCUGACCCGGGCAAUAAGGCCAUGCCACAUGAUCCGGAGCAGACCAGAAUAAAUCAAGAGACUGCCGAUUUGGAAAGACUGGGAAGAGAGCGCCCAAAGUGCUUUCGUGGCCCUUGGUCAGAGAUUUCUUUCUGUCUCUCAAUUUUCAUGUCCCAAAUCCUUGCAGAAUACUACAUCUCAGGCUCAAAUGUCCUCCUUCCGACGCUAGUCAAAGAGCUUGAUCUGCCCGAAGCAUCCGCAAUAUGGCCGUCUACCGCAUUAUCCCUGGUCGUGACCUCGACCCUCCUAAUCUUCGGUAGAUUGACUGACAUGUUCGGCGGAUAUAUCAUUUACAGCGGGGGAGCCAUUUGGCUCACCGUAUCCUCGAUCCUAUGCGGUGUCUCGCAAACAUGGCUGAUGUUGAUCAUUUGCCGAGCAUUGCAGGGCUUUGCUCUGGCCGCUUUUCUUCCAUCAGGAAUCAUGGUUCUUGGUAGCACCUACAGACCGGGACCUAGAAAGAAUAUCGUCUUCAGUAUCUAUGGCGCAUGUGCAGCGCUCGGCUUCUUCGUGGGAAUUUUCUUCUCCGGGCUAGCUGGUGAAUAUCUCACCUGGAGAUGGUACUUCUUCAUCGGUGCGAUUCUCUCCGCCAUCACAUCGGUUCUGUCACUCUUCUCCAUUCCCCGCGAUUAUUCCGAGAAGAGACAACUGGGCGUCCAGAUGGAUUGGCCUGGUGCAUGUCUUUCCGUUCCGGCUGCUGUGUUCAUUGUCUUUGCCAUUGCGGACAGUUCCUACGCGCCACAAGGAUGGAAAACGCCGUAUAUCCCUCUGUUCCUCGUUCUUGGGCUCAUUUUUCUCGGGAUAAUGGUUUAUGUGGAAGGAUGGGUCGUGAAAAACCCUCUUCUGCCUGGCGACGUGUUCCGAGUCAAAUAUAUGCUGCCUCUGGUCAUCGCUCUGCUAUUUCUUUACGGCACAUUGGGCAUAUUUCUACUAUAUGCGGUUCUUUACAUGUCUGACAUAAUGGGUGCUUCGCCAAUGCAAAUCGUGGCAUGGGCUGUGCCUAUGGGCGUCGGUGGUCUUAUUCUCUCAGUCGGGGGAGGAAUGAUCUUCCACAAAGUCCCAGGAACAAUACUUAUGUUGAUAUCAUGCCUCGGCUACGUGGGCUCUGGGUUGUUUUUCGCCGUCAUCCCUCUUGGUGGAAAUUACUGGGCUUUCGUAUUCCCGGCGAUGAUAUGCGGAACAGUGGGCAUUGACAUCAGCUUCAAUCUCGCCAAUGUCUUCAUCACGACAAACCUCCCAAAGGCAAGGCAAGGCUUAGCUGGUGCAUUGAUCAACUGCACGCUACACAUGGGAAUCGCCGUGAUGCUUGGUUUCGCGGAUAUUGUUCAUACGCAGACUUCUGAGUUGGGUACUAAGGACAGCUACAAGGCUGUCUUUUGGUAUCAAACAGGACUCGCGAUACUGGGUCUUCUAAUUGUCGUUUUCUUCGUUCGAAUCCGCGAGGCUAAGAGUGAGUUGACGCUUGAUGAAAGAGAAGCAAUGGCAGCGGAGGGAAAUGAAAGAGUUGGCGAGGUCUGA